GGUUACAUAACGGGCCGCGAGGCGCGCUCUCGCGAGGUUUCCACAGCCCCCCACCCCUCCGUCCACGUCAGAAGGAACCGGGCGGAGCGGCCAACAUGGCGGAACGCAGGCGACACAAGAAGCGGAUCCAGGAAGUUGGUGAACCAUCUAAAGAAGAGAAGGCUGUAGCCAAGUAUCUUCGAUUCAACUGUCCAACAAAGUCCACCAAUAUGAUGGGUCACCGGGUUGAUUAUUUUAUUGCUUCAAAAGCAGUGGAUUGCCUUUUGGAUUCAAAGUGGGCAAAGGCCAAGAAAGGAGAAGAAGCUUUAUUUACAACCAGGGAGUCUGUGGUUGACUACUGCAACAGGCUUUUAAAAAAGCAGUUUUUUCACCGGGCACUAAAAGUAAUGAAAAUGAAGUAUGAUAAGGACAUAAAGAAAGAAAAAGAUAAAGGAAAAGCUGAAAGUGGAAAAGAAGAAGAUAAAAAGAGCAAGAAAGAAAAUGUAAAGGAUGAAAAGACGAAAAAGGAAAAAGAGAAAAAAAAAGAUGGUGAAAAGGAAGAAUCAAAAAAAGAGGAAACUCCAGGCACUCCCAAAAAGAAGGAAACUAAGAAAAAAUUCAAACUUGAGCCACAUGAUGAUCAAGUUUUUCUGGAUGGAAAUGAGGUAUAUGUAUGGAUCUAUGACCCAGUUCACUUUAAAACAUUUGUCAUGGGAUUAAUUCUUGUGAUUGCAGUAAUAGCAGCCACCCUCUUCCCUCUCUGGCCAGCGGAAAUGAGAGUAGGUGUUUAUUACCUCAGUGUGGGUGCAGGCUGUUUUGUAGCCAGUAUUCUUCUCCUUGCUGUUGCUCGUUGCAUUCUAUUUCUCAUCAUUUGGCUCAUAACUGGAGGAAGGCAUCACUUUUGGUUCUUGCCAAAUCUGACUGCUGAUGUGGGCUUCAUUGACUCCUUCAGGCCUCUGUACACACAUGAAUACAAAGGACCAAAAGCAGACUUAAAGAAAGAUGAGAAAUCUGAAACCAAAAAGCAGCAGAAGUCCGACAGUGAGGAAAAAUCAGACAGUGAGAAAAAGGAAGAUGAGGAGGGAAAAGUAGGACCAGGAAAUCAUGGAGCAGAAGCCUCAGGUGGAGACCGGCAUUCAGACACAGACAGUGACAGGAGGGAAGAUGACCGAUCUCAACACAGUAGUGGAAAUGGGAAUGAUUUUGAAAUGAUAACAAAAGAGGAACUGGAACAGCAAACAGAUGGGGAUUGUGAAGAGGAGGAGGAGGAAGACUAAUGGAGAAACACCUAAAUCUUCACAUGAAAAAUCAUAAUCUGUCUAAUUUGGGACUGAAUAAGUACAAGAGGUUGGAUUUUCUAUGUUGGCUGAGCGUCAGAAUGUACACAUGGCAUCUGUAGCAGUCUUUAAAUCUAUUUACUGAAAUGUAUUUGACAUCCAAGAAGUUAUAUUCAGUCUUUCAUUUUAUAGAAUAUUGGUACUAUUAUUGGUACAGUUUAAAGCCAUUAAUGAAUUUUAUUCAUUUGAUAAUUUUACAGUAAGUAGGUCUCAUUCAUUUUGAUAGUUAUCAAAGAGGCACUUUCCACAAUGACAUUUAGAUUAAUGGCAUUUUUAAAAUUGUAUGGCUUUUUACUGUUAAACUAAUCAAAAUAACUUUAAAAGAAAUAAACUCCAAUAUUUCAGAUUAUGCAUAGUUAUGUAGCCAUUUCAUAGUUUCUUUAAGAUGCUUAAAACUCAUUGUUCUUGGUAGGUAAGCUUUUUUUUUUUCCAUUAUAAAAUUAUACCAGGAAAUUUCUUUUAAGAUUCUAAGUUAGCAGGGUUCAAAAGCAUUUUGUGGAAAAAAAUCCAAUAGUAACAAUGCAGCAACACUUUUAGUUUAGCUACAAAUUCUCCUUUUCCAAUGUAGGAAAUCCAAACUGAUUUGUAUGUCUGAUUCAGAGAGAGAUGGUCAUAUCCAACAGAGAAAGUGAACAGCAUUGGUUGGAAAGUCAUGGCUCUUAUUCCCCAUUUCCUUGUCAUAACGUAAAGUGUAUUCUGUACAUAAUUUACAAAUAAAACAUUUUAUUUUAAUUGUUACUUAUUAGACAUUUCUCAACACUUAAAUUUGUAAAAUUAAGACCAUAUAAGGGUAUGUUUUUAGUGAAAUGGAAGUUUCAAUAACCCAGAGAACAUCUGUGAUCUUUCUACAGCAGCUUCAGUUUUGUGCCAACAUUCCAUGUAUUUGAAUAUGAGUAAAAACUGAUCUUUAUUAAAUAAGGGCAGGCUUAAAGUAGCUGUUUGUACGCCUUAAUGUUCAUUUUGAUUUAUUUUAAAUCUUUACAUUCAGAAAUGGGGUACUGUAUUAUCAGACCAGGAGGCACUGCUGUGAAAGAUAAUUUACUGUUCUAAAAUAUCAAUUUAAAAUAAAGAAUAUAAAAGAAAACUUAA